AUGCACCUCCAUUGCGGAUGGGAGUGUCACGUCGCGCUCCUGCAUCGGUCGAUGCUCUCAAAGGAGGCCGAAAUCGAAGAGUACGUGAGGCUUGCGCGGCAGCUGAUGGGCUUUUCCCGCUUCAACGUCCUCCCCCCGGGAGAUGGCCUGGCACGAAGCACGCGGGAGCAGAGCAUCGCCACCGGCAGCAUCCCAGUGAUCCUGGACUUCCCAAAAGGCAUCGAGGUUGCUGGCCGGAGGAGCUUCUGGCCACGUUUGGAGAGGCUUCUCAGGCACAUGGUGGCCACCGGGCGGGCCGAUGAUAUGAGUGGGGGUGUGAUGGCCAUUCAGAAGCGCUUCAUGUAUUCGGAGACAGGGGUGCUGAGGAACAUUUUCGAGGUCCCGCUCCAGCUGGUAUAG